AGGUGCUCAGACAAUUGUUGCACGAAUAGGCUUCUACAGUUCAACUCUGCCCACCCCCCUCACCUCCGCUCCCGGUGCGAACUGCUUGGUACUUGGCUAACUUCCAGGGAUCUGACUAGAGUCAAAGGUCGGCGCGGCAACGUCAACUUGCUCUUGAAAUCUGUGGGUAUUUAUCGAGCACCUACUGGAUGCGCCGCCUGGCGCUGGGGUAGGGAAAGGACGCGAAGGAGAGACGGACGUCGCCCAGGGUUACCUCCACGGACCUGGGAAGACACCCCGAGGCCAAGGUGAGGACUUGGCGCGACACCGAGACGGAGUCCCCUGGCCCGAGGGGAGGAGUCCAGAUCUGGCUGCAGCCAUGAGCAGUAAUGAAUGCUUCAAGUGUGGACGAUCUGGCCACUGGGCCCGGGAAUGCCCCACUGGUGGGGGCCGUGGUCGUGGAAUGAGAAGCCGUGGCAGAGGUGGUUUUACCUCGGAUAGAGGUUUCCAGUUUGUUUCCUCAUCGCUUCCAGACAUCUGUUACCGCUGUGGUGAGUCUGGUCACCUUGCCAAGGAUUGUGAUCUGCAGGAGGAUGAAGCCUGCUAUAACUGCGGCCGGGGAGGUCACAUUGCCAAGGACUGCAAGGAGCCCAAGCGGGAGCGAGAGCAGUGCUGCUACAACUGCGGCAAACCCGGCCACCUGGCCCGCGACUGUGACCACGCAGACGAGCAGAAGUGCUAUUCUUGCGGAGAGUUCGGACACAUUCAGAAAGACUGCACCAAAGUGAAGUGCUAUAGGUGUGGCGAGACUGGUCAUGUAGCCAUCAACUGCAGCAAGACGAGUGAAGUCAACUGUUACCGCUGUGGCGAGUCAGGGCACCUUGCACGGGAGUGCACGAUCGAGGCCACGGCUUAAUUACUGUCCUCUGUCGCCCCUCCUUUUCUGAUUGAAUCCUCUUCACUGGCCAAAGGUUGGCAGAUAGAGGCUACUCCCAGGCCAGUGAGCUUUACUUGCCGUGUAAAAGGAGGAAAGGGGUGGAAAAAAACCGACUUCCUGCAUUUAACUACAAAAAAAAGUUUAUGUUUAGUUUGGUAGAGGUGUUACGUAUAAUGCUUUGUUAAAGAACCCCCUUUCCGCGCCACUGGUGAAUAGGGAUUGAUGAAUGGGAAGAGUUGAGUCAGACCAGUAAGCCCAUUCUGGGUUUCUCGAAUAUGUUCCCAUGUAGGAGGUAAAAACCAAUCCUGGAAGCGUCCUUGAGCUCUUCCAUAAAUAACUUUAAUUUUAGCAUAAUGACUGCCUUGGAUUGUCUGACCUCAGUAGCUGUUAAAUAACAUCAAGUAACAUCUGUAUCAGGCCCUACAUAGGACAUACAGUUGACUGGGAGUAAACAAAAUAAAAACCAAACAUGCGUGUUAACGGCUGUGCGAGAAAACUUGGGAUAAAAGCCUGAACAGGAACAACUUCCCCGCAGCGUUGAUGCUGGGUAAACAGAUGGCGAUGGCAAAGGUGUAGAACACAUUUUUUCAAAGACUAAAUCUAAAACCCAGAGUAAACAUCUAUGCUCAGAGCUAGCAUAAUUUGGAGCUAUUCAGGAAUUGCAGAGAAGUGCAUUUUCACAGAAAUGAAGAUGUUAUUUUUGUAUACUGUAUCACUUAGACAACUGUGUUUCACUUGUUGUAAUCAGUUCUUAAAGGUCAGAUGGUAAAAAGCGACUGAAGUCCUAGAAACUAGAAGUGUAACUUUAAACUAUCCAAUAAAGCUGGAGGAGGAAGGGGAGUUUGGCUCAA